CAAGACUCAUUGCGCGUGCGUGGCCCCAGUUGUAGCGCGCGCAGUAGUGCAGCGCUGCAGCAGCGACGGCAACAGUGUAAAGGCAGCGUGCAGCAACCGGAACGACUUCACGGCAGAGAGGAGCAGGACCAGUCCUGGAACGCACCAUGGCGUCAACUUGUUGAUAUUGCCACUAUUUAUUUGUUUCGCUGUCACUGUGGAGCUGCAUUGACAUCGCCUCUGCACCACGGACCCAUGACAACAUCCACCACAGGGCACCGGCUAACUGCCACCUGCCACUCUGUAAGCGCUUUGCUUCACCAAAGGAAGUGAAGAUGCCAUCCUCCUUCCCGACUGAAACCCUCGUCUCGAGAACCUUCUCUUCGGACUCCUUCUCUUCCAGCAUAUGGCCGACAGAGCCAUUGGCAGCAGACGGUUUCUUGGCCAGCGUCGGCAACAUCAGCGGGUCAGGUGCCCUGCGCUGCACCUAUAAGGAAGACUUUAAACGUAUAUUACUUCCUGCUGUGUACUCGUUGGUCUUCUUGCUCGGACUUCCUCUUAAUGCUGCUGUCAUACUGAAGAUAUGGAGGACUCGGCCCAAUCUGUCCAAAAACAACAUCUACAUGCUCAACUUAGCCAUAGCUGACUUCCUGUAUGUGAUGUCACUUCCUUUGCUCAUCUACAACUACGGCAGUCAUGACUACUGGCCCUUUGGGGAGUUUACCUGUAAACUUGUCAGGUUUCAAUUCUACAGUAAUCUGCAUGGCAGCAUCCUCUUCCUCACCUGCAUUAGUGUGCAACGCUAUGUGGGCAUUUGCCAUCCUAUGGCGAUGUGGCCCAAGCAAGGCGGCCGCAGGUUGGCGUGGUGUGUCUGUGGAGGGGUGUGGUUGGUGGUCGUUGUCCUGUGCGCGCCGACUUUUCACUUUGCUGCAACGGGAAUCCAGCGGAACCGCACAGUGUGUUACGAUUUAAGCACGCCCAAGAACUCAGUAAGCUACUAUCCCUACGGCAUGGCUCUGACCUGCCUCGGCUUCUUGUUGCCCUUCAUGGGCGUGAUGGUGUGCUACUGUCGGAUGGCCCUUAUCCUCUGCCGCCCAGUGUCCUAUCAGGGAGUCUCCAUGGCGACUGGGGAGAAGCGGGACAAGGCGGUGAGGAUGAUCAUCGUGGUAGCGGCGGUGUUCUGCAUAAGCUUCCUGCCGUUUCACUUCACCAAGACCGUGUACCUGGUGGUGCGCAGUCUGCCUGGUGCACCAUGCGAGACCAGGAACUUGUUCUCAAUCAUCUAUAAAUGCACCCGGCCGUUUGCCAGCAUGAACAGCUUCCUGGACCCUAUUCUGUUUUACUUCACCCAGCCACGCUACCGCCAGAGCACCAGAAGGUUUGUGCUCAAAGUCACCUCGCUCAGUUACAAGGGCACCAGCGUUUGAGCCAACAGGGUUGGAUCCUCUGAGGCUGCAAGGUGGUACAUGUAUUGGUUGCUGAGUUUCCUUAUGCAUGUUCUAAUGUAAGUCCUUUUUGCUACUCGGAUGUCAAGGAGACUGCUGAAAUGCAAAUUCGGGGGAUAAAAUACGCUAUGGCAUGAAGCUCAAAGCAAUUAUUAAUGUUCAUGAAUCCAUGUAAAAAUAGCAUGAAGCACUUGUGUGGGGAAAUGUGCAUUUCUUUAUGGAGUAUUAGUUCUGCGGUUUCUGCCCCAAACGUAAGACUUGGUGUUGCAUGGACGCUGAGUGCACCCCACUGCUGCAACCCCACUGCACUGAAAUGUUGGUUAUGCUCUUUGUAAAAUUGUACGGUCAUUAACAUAUUAUCCAGUAAGGACCAAAUCUCAGCCACUACGAUCAGAGAUAAACUGAUGCCAACUAAACUUAAUUAUCCAGCUCAUACCACAGUAAAGUAGGUCCUCAGUCUAUAGUUUCCCCCACUUGUUCAUUAAACUCUCCAGUCAGCAAAGGAAAUCCAUUGAAAAUAUAUGCCGAUGUUAAUAAAUUUAAAAGUUGUUAUCAGAGUUAAACUAAGGCUCAGCCUGCAGUUUUCCACUUCCGGUUCGUAUAUGAUCCUUUCCCAUGAAAAAAGGAUUUCUGUUCCAAGACAUCACCUCUGCUGAUGGAAGUUUGGAGGUAUAUAGAUAAUAAAAUAAGUAAUGAAUAAUAGGGGAUAGAGCCAUUCAUGAAAAGGAUAUCUGUGUACUUAAUGAGGUACUCUAAAGUACAUGUGAAAUGUUUAGUACUUAGUAGUGUUUUGAUAGCUUGAACUGGAUACAAUAUAGUCUAAAUAUGCACAGCAUACAAGUGUACUUCCUUCUACUAUUUCUUGGAGUUAUCCAAAGUAACUGAGUUACUGAGUUUGUGAAUUUGGUUAUUUGUAAUUACUUUUGCAACUUGUCUUUCAGACACACUGUGAAGAAAACAAUGGAUAUAUUGGAUAUAUGUCCAAGCUGAAGAUCAGGCACUCAUGUAGCCCUCUCUAAAUUGACAAUUUGAUAUCCAAAUUAAAAUGAUAUCUCUAAAAUAAUCAUAAUGCUGUUUUUUUUAAAUACAUUUAAUUUGCCAACAACCUUUGAUUCGCUCCGAAGCCACUGGAAGUGAUACUUUUUCACUUGCAACUGUGGUUUGAGUUUGGCACCCAUGAGGGAAUAAAUGUUUUGUCAAUUGGUUAAAUGUGAACAUGUACAUUUUAUGCAUUUCAAAUGCAAGUAGAAUUUUGACCAGAAUAUGAGGUCCUGUGCUUAAAGUGUGUGUGUGUGCGUGUGCGUGUGUGGACAGCAUGUAUAUUCAGUAAUGUAGUAAUAUACUAUAUGUUGUUCAGCAAAAUGUGAAUGAAUAGUUAUUAUGUAUGUAUGUCUUUCUGUUUGGUUGAAUAUUUGAAUAUCUUUUUAUUUUCUCCACAUCUGUCUGAAACGUGUGUGGUCAGUUUAAAGCGAUUCAGAUGUCUAUACACUGUGCCAACAUAUUUGUGUCAAUCAGUAUUAUUUAGAACAAUUCUUAUUUUUGUAAAAUAUAAUUUAAUUUUUGUUACAUAGAUAUAAUUUAUAUAUACAAACAUUUAGGUUUGUGUAUAUAUCCUUAUCUUACCAUGCAGCCCCUGUAAGUUGCUUGUGUAAAUGUUUUGUAUGUUGUCACAAAAAAAAAGCCAUUAAAAAUGCCUUCUACUUCUUCA